UGACAAGCUGUUUCAAAUCUCCAGCCCUAGGUGGGGUCAAAGGAAAGAACCCCAUGUCAUUAUAAUGAAAUACGGAAGGAGGGGUGUGUGUGAUAUAACUAGAGUUUGGGGAAAAUACGGGAAGAAAAGAAGAAACUAACAGCCACCAGAAUUUCUAGUCUCUUCAGCAGCAGGAGGAUGGAAGAAAGAACAGAGGUGGCUUCACAUAAGACGGAGAUCUUCUUGGUCCUGCUGCUCCUGGGCCACCUAAUAGUGCUCACCUAUGGCCAACCCAUCCUAAGAGCGCCAAAGAGUGUGACAGGGACCCGGAAUGGGGACGUGACAUUACAGUGCGCCUAUACUCCCAUGAGAGACUACAGUCAAGUUUUUGUGAAGUGGCUGGUACGACAUGGAUCUCAUCCAGUCACCAUCUUCCUACGUGACUUUUCAGGAGACCAUAUCCAGCAGGCCAAAUACAGAGGCCGCCUGAAAGUGAGCCGGAAACUUCCAGGGGAUGUGUCUCUCCAACUGAAUUCCCUUCAGAUGGAUGACAGGAGUCACUACAUAUGUGAGGUCACCUGGCAGAGCUCAGAGGGAAUCCGAAUAAUGAGAGAUGAGAUUAUUGAGCUCCGUGUCCAGAAACACUCCUCUAAUCCAACUAUAAUCAAUGUUGAAGCACUUACAACCAUGCAAUCCUCCUUGGAAGCAACAACUGCAGUGAAUUCAACCCAUGAUUGGACCACUGAGGAGAAUGGAAAACUUAAGGAGACCACUGUUGUCCCAGUGGAUGAAAAACAUGAGAGGACCACUGCUGGCCCGGGGAAUGAAAACCAUAAGGAGACCACUGUUGGCCUAGUGGAUGGAAAACAUGAGAGGACCACUGCUGGCCCGGGGAAUGAAAACCAUAAGGAGACCACUGUUGGCCUAGUAGAUGGAAAACAUGAGAGGACCACUGAUGGCCCGGGGAAUAAAAACAAUAAGGACACCACUGAUGGACCAGGAAGGAACCUGAAAGUCUUUCUUAUCAUCUGCAUCAUCUCCCUUUGCUGCAUAGUGGUUGUCACCACAGCUUAUUUUGUGUUCUGCCACAGGACUUUCCAACAACAGCAUGUCUAUGAACUAAGCAGGGUGUGUGCCAAGGAGACCAGAAACUCUGAAGAAACUACCUUCACAAAUGGAUACUUCAAUGAUGAACCAGAUUCCCAUGCUCUGAUCUAUGACUAUUCUGAUGAGUCCUUGACUGGGCCAGGAGUACUAGAUAACCACACAGAUCAACUAUGACUAUUCAUUCCUGCCUGCUUCACACAAUUCCCCAGAACUAUGAAUUUGUUGCAACCAAAGACAAUAGCAUCUGCUAAAAUGUCCCACUAAGUCAAGGUCUACUGACAUAAUUGCCUAUGAUUAUUUAGCUCUUUAAGCUUUCUUGCUUGCUUCUUUUCUUCCUAGACAACUUAAAGUAUCAACUCUGCCAUUGGUGGGCCCCUGGGAAAUCCUGGUUUGGCUAAGAAUUUACCAUGUGGCCCUCAAGAAAGCUAGCUUUUGAGUUUGGCCCUGGACCCUUCUAUGUUCCUGCCUGGGGCCUCCACACCUCCUCUGAAAACACCAGAGAAUUUCCCAUAGCACUAAAGGCUCCUUUUCAUGCCUCAAAGCAUCACCAGAAAAUCAGGUGAGGCUCAGUCCUACCAACUCAGGCAAUCAUCUGUGUCCGUGAUUAUGUUUUCCUCUCUAAUGCCAGAGGACUUUUAAUUAAUAUCGCCAAAUCAAAGGCCAAGGUACACAUCUGUUCCUACACUGUAAACCUAAUGCUCUUGUGUUUUGUUCUUCUGGUAGUAAUAAAUGUUUAAUCAUGACAGCAAC